GUAGUUUUUCUAGUUUUUAGUAUUUUUAAUUCAGUUUCAAUGAGAAUAAGUGUGUCUUGUGUACUUGAAUGAGGAAGAACUGAUUCAGUGAAAACAGGAAGAAUAAUUGUCAGUGAAUUUGAGAAAGUCAGCAACACUUUAACCACAUUCAGUUUAGCAGUUUAAACUGUGAAAGCUCCUCCUUUUCUCUGCAUUCGUUCUUCCAGUUCAGGAGACGACCGUCGCUUAAUGAAGGCUGAACUGCUGAUCUCACUCAGAAUGUCUCUGACUGUUUCUCUGCUGUUUCUGCUCUUCAUCUCUGGAGUUGUUGCUCAGGAUGGGUGGGCUGUGAAUUACAACUCUAAAUAUAUCUGUGCUCUAAAGGGGUCUGCAGUGACCAUGGAGUGUACUUACACACCUCCAAGUGGUCACUCAGUCCAAAAAGCUUUCUGGACUAAAGAGCUGGUUACAUCUGGUUCAGAACCUCCUGAUCUGUUAGAUGAUCCAGAGUACAGAGGCAGAGUUCUGUACCUCGGAGAUGAACACAGUGACUGCACUCUCAGAUUUAAGACUGUGAGAGAAAAGGAUCAAAGUAAAUACUACUUCACAUUUAUAACAGACCAACCUGGAGGAAAGUAUCAAGGUGCAGGUGGAGUUGAUCUUUCAGUCACAGAUCUCCAGGUGGAGGUUCCUGAGAGAGUGAUAGAGGGAGAUAAAGUCACUCUCACAUGUAGAACCACCUGCAGUCUGACGGUCAGACCAACAUUCACCUGGUACAGAAAUGGACAUCGUUUAUCCUCCAGUACUGACCAACUCCACCUGCAGCCGGUCAGCAGGGGGGAUGCAGGCAGGUAUCGCUGUGCUGUACUGGGUCAGAACUCUCCUGAGGUCACUCUGAAUGUCAGAUGUAAGACUUCUGUCAUCAAAUGGAGCUCAAAUUUCUGA